AUGUAUUAACAGAACAAAAAAUCAAGUCAGAGAAAUAAUCAAAUAAGUCGAGCUAACUCAAAAUUCCCUUUGAAUGAGAAAUCAACUUCUCCUUCUAUGCAAUCAAGACAACAAAUAACUCCUAAGAGAAAACAAUAAUUUUCCUAACCAAAAUUUGAUACAACAAAUAAUUAUCUUCAAUAGCCUGUAACUAGGGAACACAUGCUAAAAUUCUUAGAAUAAAUCGCUGUUGCAGUAGAAAAUGUUUAAUGUAUUUUGUCUCAACCCGAAAGUGUCCAAGAUAAAUUGCCAGAUAAUAUAGCAUAAUAAAAACACAAAUUCAAAAUUGCCCAAGAAUAAUAAACAGAUCAUUCUUUUAUUUAGUAAUAAAAACAAAAUAAAUUUCAAUUUGCAAAUAAAAAAACCUAAACACCCAAGAGAACUCAAUCAUAUUACUAAGAUAGCGAAUUAAAAGGAUUUAAAGCAACUAAAUUAAAAACUGAAUUCUCAGAGGAAAGUGAUACCACAGAAAAACAAUCAUUUAAAUUACCCAAUAUAUAGCAAUAAUCUUCUACAGUAAAAUAAAAGAUCAGUAAAAUAUUACCAGAUGGGACGAAAAACAGAAUUUAAUCAUAAGUUAUUUAGUACUAGAAUUUUAAAAAUCAAAGAGAUAACCACAAAAUAUAGUCUUAACAUAUCAAGGGAUACAAUUAAGAAUCCUAUUCAGAUGUAUCUAAUAAACCUAAUGAAUCUUCAUAGUAAAUUCGAAUCAAGACAGACUAAUCUGAGAGCCGAUAGAGUGUCAUCACUCCUAAACAAUCUAAGAUAAACCAAGAUGGUGAAACUCAAAAAAAAUAAAAUAACAUUCUAAAGAAAUAAUAGUCUUAGAUUCACUAAACAAAAAAAGUGAAGGAUGAUCCUUAAAAUAUGUAAUAGGAACAAUAGAGUUAAUCGAUUCUAAGCAAAACAUCAAAUGAACUAGUCAAUUAAGAUAAAAAGCAAGAUUAUAUUGUUGAUCCUCAAACAUCAUAAGUUAAAAACACGAAUAGUUAACCUGUUUCAAUUUAGAAAGAAGAUUCUUAAAAUAUAGAAAUCAAACAAAAAACUAAGAAAAGACCUAUACAUAUAAAAUAAACAAAUUAAGUUAAUAAUGAUGCACUUUAAAUUGAUAAUUAGGAAUUAUCUAUCAAUUCCAAAUAAAAUGACAAUUCCUUAUCAAAAUCUGAUAAAUUAAAUGGAACUUCAAAUUUUGAGGAACAGAUUCCUUCUAAUUAAUAAAGAUAUUCAUAAAAUAAUGAAGAACAAAUCCAGAAUAAUAAAGAUGAUGAGAAUAUGAAUUAGAAUAAACUCUAAGAUGCUUAAGCAGAGAUGGAUUAAAAUAAAAUAUAAGAUGGUUAAAUAACUGAAUAGUAGAAUUCGAAAAUAAAUUCUAACACCCAAUCUCAAAAUCAAAAUAAAACUCUUGAGAAUAAAGAAUUUUAUUAUGAACCUGAAGAAGAAACAAAAGUAAUUUCAAAGCUUUAGCCUAAUACUAAUUUAUAAGAUUAAUAACAAUUGAUGAACAAAACUAGUUCUACUGUGAAAAGCAUUUUAGUACAGAAAAAAGAAGAAAUUGUAGAAUAAGGAAUAUUGGAUUAAAAAAUUCUAAAUUAAAAUGAUACACAAUAAUUACUGUAAAUUGAAAAUACUAAGAAUCAAUUAAGUAAAAUGAGCUCAAUUAAUGAAGCUCACGAUUAAGAUUAAAAAUCUGAUAAAAGGAAUAAAUAAAUUACAAUGAGAAAUGAUUUAGUUAAAAGUCUUUCAUUAGAGAAUUAAUAAGGAGAACUUGGUGACAAACCAAAAAGUCUACAAUAGAGUUAAAUCUAUGCUAAUAAUGACUUAAAUAAAUAAUAAGGACUAAAUCUUACUGAUUAAAUCAAAGAAAAUGAAAGUAAAAAGAUACAAAAAAUAAGUCAGAUAAAUUAAAUAAAAGGAAAUCAAAAUGUGGAGUAAAAUCAUUAAGUUGAUUUAAAACAGUCAGAAAACAAUGUAAAUGAGGACUAAUAAAAAGGACUUGUGCAUGAAUAUAAUAAUAAGAUAAAUAUACCCUAGGAUCAAUUAAAAGAAAUUAAAUCAUCUGAAAAUAUGGUGGUUUAAGUUCAGGAAAAUAAUCAUGAUCAAUUACAAAAGGAUUAAAGUUAAAAUAAUUCCUAAGGAUUAAGUAAUAGGUCUAUGAUUUAAUCAAAUAAAAUUAACUAUCCUAAAGAAGCACAAGAGACGGAUCCGAAUUUAAAAAUAAUAUGA